AUGGCAACCCCACCCAGCUCAUGUACCAUCCAGACGGUACAGAAUGGCCUUGAUAAGGUCAUAGUAGAAGACAUAACUCAUGAAGAGGGCAACGAGAACCAGAUGGAAAACCCAGAAAGAACGGAACACAUCACUCCAGAUUUUGUGGCCAUGCAUAGAGAAAAGUUAACAAAAUGUCUCGAAGAUUUAGAGAGACAAGAAAAGCUUAACAGCCUUAGGGCUAGACUUUCCUUUGACACACCCUCCAACCAGGAAGGGACAGACCCUCAAAACAGAAGCAACAGUGGUGACCCACUGGAAACAUUCAUGACUGCCCUUAGACAAAUGUCCUCAGAAGAAAGGGAGGACCUCAUCACAGGAAAGAAGUCAAAAAGAGAGGGGAAAGAAAAGGAUAACAAAAAUGACGAUGGCUUGGAUCAACCCUAUCUACCACGGGACUUAGCUGAGGUCUCGAAGUUCACACGGAGGAUUACAGAAGCACCGAUGCCCCCUAAGACAAAGCUACCUCCAAACUUUGACCGCUAUGAUGGGACAAGAGACCCUGAAGAUCACCUCCAUGCCUUCAGGGGAGCGGGACAACUUGGGCGAUGGCCCAUGCCGGUGUGGUGCCACAUGUUUGUACAAACUUUGACGGAAGGGGCCCGGCUCUGGUUUGACAGCCUCCUUCCAGGAGGAAUCGACAGUUAUGAAGAGCUAAGCGAGAAGUUCCUCAGAAACUUUGGUCAGCAGAGAAAAGUGGUCAAGAAUCCAAACGAGAUUCUGCACAUAAGGCAGAAGGACAACGAGCGUAUAGACCAGUAUAUGGAAAGGUUUGUCAAGGAGAGCAUGAACAUCAAGGAUGUCCCGGAGGUCAUGAAAAUAAGCAGUUUCAUAAACGGGCUAAAGCAUGCACAGCUAUGUGAGAAACUAGGGGAGGAGUUCCCCCACUCGUUUGACAACCUCAUGGACAGGGUCAGAGCCUUUGUCAGGGGAAAAGACACGGUCAGCAAAGCCAAGGAGACGGACGUCACACCCCGAAGGAUCACCCCAGCUACAAAGCCUCCUGACAAAGGUACACCUUAUUCCAGAAAACCCACUCUUGGUAGAAUGUUGCAUUACAGAGCAAGGCCCUCAUAUUCCCCAUAUAGACCUCAGGGGAGAGGCCCCCCUCCUUACUCUGAUAAUUUCACCCCUCUCACCAAGACCCCAAGUGAGAUACUGGCCACCGAGAGGGUAAAGAACUCCUUCCCAAGGCCACCACCCAUAAAACCUGGGCCAAAGGCACAACCAAACGAGUAUUGUGACUUCCACAAAGGUUUUGGGCAUAAAAAUGAUGACUGCAUGUAUCUGAAGAGAGAGAUAGAAGCUGCAGUGAAAACGAUAAGACUGGCCCAUUUGGUCAAGGAAAUCAAGGAGGGAGGAGGGGAACGCAACGGAAGAGAUGCAAGGGAGACCUGGAAUUGGGGACUUACAAGCGCACGCAUCCACCCCCCCAUGGGGCCUUAG